AUGCAAACAGUUAAGAACACUAUUGCCGAGAACACCGGGGGCACGCACUCUCUCGCAAAACCAGAGCACCAAUUCUCUCUCGAGGAUUGCCCUGACCAGAGCGGGAAGGUGGCAGUCAUAACUGGCGGUAGUGAAGGCAUCGGCUAUGGUUGUGCACACACCCUUCUGAAAAACAACCUCACCAAGCUAUUCAUCAUUGCUGUAUCCCAGGAAGUUUACGAUGAUGCUGUAGAGGAUAUUUCCAAGACUAUCUCACCCGAGGCAGCCCAAAGAUGCACAUUCCUCCAGUGUGAUAUGUCCGAUUGGCCAGCCGUAUCCAAGGUCGCUCACACAAUAUCCGAGGGCACAGAUAGAGUUGAUAUCCUGUGCAAUCUCGCUGCACGAGGGAUCAUGACAUAUCAACUUACCGACUAUGGUCUUGAUAGACAUAUGGCGGUCAAUCAUUUCGGCCACGUUGUCCUCACAAGUCACUUGUUGCCAAUUCUCAAGCAAACAGCAGAGGCAGGGCAUAUCGACCAAAUGGACAAUAUGGACGGUCGAAGUUGGCGUCUAUACUUUAUUCACGUUACCUAG